GCCCCGCUCCCCUCUCGCGCAGGAUUCAGCCUCCAGCUCCUCCUCUGAUGCAUCGUUUGCAUCAGUACUUGGGAACACUUGUCCGCGCGCUGCUGCACCUCCCCACAGUGCAUUCGCGGACUCCACUUUACCAGGUGAUGCCAGACGCGCGCUCCAGAGUGAAAAUGAUGUGUUUCUAGCGCGCCAGAAGUCGGAAUUAACGUAGAAUGGAGACUCGCCUCGGUCGCUGCCUUUUUGUCAUUUUCUCUGAGUGGAUUUGUCUCUUCACCCUAACUUCCAUCCUGGGCGGAUCAAAGGCGGAUGUAAGGUGCGUUCCCUCGUGCCAGCCGCCGCUAAUCGCCGCAUUUCCUCGGGAGCUCUCGGAGCUGGAUUUGGCUCAUUUCGGCGACGCACCGGCGGAAGAUUUGGCCGCGCCGCCGGAGGGGUCACCGGGCGCCAGACCCGACGCCGACCGCGACCGGGACCGGGAGCACGACGCUGCGGAAUUAAGCGCGAGCGCAGAAAGUUCGUCCAAAGUGGAGCCACGGUUCGAGGGCGUCGACACAAGUUGUGUCCAGAAGGACGCGUUAGACGAUCGCCAGAAACUUUCCGGCUCCAAAGUGUUUCCCGGAGCCUGUGCCCCGUCUGUCGGAAACGCAACCCACAACGGCAGCGGCGAUGGCAAAAACAACGGCUUUUAUGGGGAAAAUGGGGCGCGGGUCGACGUGGCGGCGAACGGGGACGCGGAUUUGGGCAGUUGGAGGCGAACCAGGAGGAGCGCAGAGACUUGGUCCGGAUUGAGACCCGAGGGCGGCGAGGACGCCUCGGUUUCGGACCCGGACGAGGUACGGCUCACGGGUUCGACGUUCGCGCUCGCCGGGGACACGGCUCAUAACCAGGCGAUGGUGCACUGGUCCGGACAGAACAGCAGCGUGAUCCUCAUGUUGACAAAGUAUUACGACUUCAACUCCGGCAGAGUAACAGAGAGUUCUUUAUGGAGGUCAACUGAUUAUGGGACCACAUACGAGAAGCUUAAUGAGAAAGUCGGGCCUAAAACCAUCCUGAGCUACUUGUACGUGAGUCCAAACAAUAAAAGGAAGAUCAUGUUACUGACCGACUCCGAGGCGGAGAGCAGCCUGCUCAUUAGCCUCGACGAAGGGGCGUCCUAUCAGAAACACAGCCUAGCCUUUGAUAUCCUCAGCUUGCUGUUUCACCCUGAGCAGGAGGACUGGAUCCUGGCUUACAGCCACGACCAAAAGCUCUACGUCUCCGUUGAGUUCGGGAGGAGGUGGCAGCUCGUGCAUGAUAACGUCGUCCCCAACAGAUUCUACUGGUCCAGACUGGGUUUGGAUAAAGAGCAGGGAAUGAUCCACCUGGAGAUCAGCGUCGCCGACGGACGGUCACAGUACAUAACUUGUAAACUUCAGAACUGCUCUGACGGAAACAAGGGCAGGCCUUUCCCUGGGUUUAUCAUCCCUAAUUCCCUGGUGGUUCAGGAUGAAUACGUUUUCAUCCAGGUGCCGGUCGGCGGCCAGCCUGUCCAUUACGUGUCCUACAGACGGAACGCCUUCUACCCGAUGAAGCUGCCUAAGUACACGCUCCCAAAGGAUUUGCAGAUAAUCAGCACAGACGACAACCAGGUGGUGGCGGCGAUCCAGGACUGGCACCAGAACGACUCGUACAACCUGUACAUGUCCGACUCCAGAGGGCUGUUCUUCACCGUGAUGCUGGAGAACGUCGUGAGCAGCGGGGGGCCGGAGGGCAACAUCAUGAUAGACCUGUACGAGGUUGCCGGAAUAAAAGGGUUGUUCCUGUCAAAUAAAGUUGUCGAGAACCAAGUGAAAACUUAUAUCACAUACAACAAGGGGAGAGACUGGCAUCUUCUUCAGGCUCCGGCAACCGAUCUCCAGGGAAACAAGGUCUAUUGUGAGCAACCCUACUGUUCGCUCCAUCUGCACCUGCAUGUGACGGAGAAUCCCUACACCUCCAGAAAUAUUGUCAGCAAAGACUCAGCCCCAGGAAUCAUAAUAGCGUCAGGUGUGAUUGGACCUGAGCUGACUAGUACUAACGUCAGUAUUUUCAUCACAUCAGAUGCUGGAAACACCUGGAGAGAGGUUUUUCAGGAGGAGUACAGCGUGUUUUUCUUGAAUCAGGGAGGAUCUCUGGUGGCCAUCAGGCACACACCUCUGCCAAUUAGACACAUUUGGCUGAGUUUUGAUGAGGGCAGAAACUGGGACAAAUAUAGCUUCACCUCCUCUCCGCUCUACGUUGACGGGGUGCUGGGGGAGCCUGGAGAGGACACCCUCAUCAUGACGAUAUUCGGCCAUUUCAGUCAUCGUUCUGAGUGGCAGCUUGUCAAAAUUGACUUCCGGUCUAUUUUCCAACAUCAGUGCACAUCUGAGGAUUAUCUGACCUGGCAGUUACAGAGCGAGGGCAAAGUAUGCAUCAUGGGAAUGAAGCGAAUCUUCCAAAAACUAAAAGCAAACGUUCGAUGUGUCAAGGCCAGAGAUCAGUAUAUUUCCCAGAUGUCAGACUCCUGCCCAUGUACAGAGGCAGAUUUUGAGUGCGACUACGGGUUCGAGAGGCAGCCUGACGGGAGGUGCACGCCGGCGUUCUGGUUCGUUCCCUCGGCGACGUCUCGCGACUGCAUCACGGGCGAGAGCUUCCUCAACACCACGGGAUACCGCCGGCCUCUGUCCAACAACUGCACCGAAGGAGCUCUGCUGAAAUACAGCCCCAGGCCGCAGAAGUGCCCCAGUCACGCCCCCAGAGGCCUGCAGCUCUUCACCAGCGAGGGGACGCUGGUGGCCACGGUGGACGGGAACGUCACCUUCCUGGUCUUCCUGGAGGAGGGUCUUGGCUCCAUGACGAGCAUAACGGUGGACUUCGGCGACGGCACGGCCAUAUCUUACGUCAACAUCAGCUCCAUCGAUGACGGGGUCAAGCACGUCUACACCAGAGUUGGCAUCUACCAGGUCUCGGCCACGGCCAGCAACAGCCUGGGCGCCGACAGGGUGCUGCUGUACCUGCACGUCUCCUGUCAGCUGGAGCAGGUCCAGCUCCUGGCCCCGUCGGUGGUUGUCAGGAACAAAGCGGUGAACCUCACGACGGUGCUGCAGCCCGGCAACGUGGGAACCGUCACCUAUUACUGGUGGUUUGAUAACAAAACCGAGCCGGUGGUGACCCUGGACGCAGCCAUUUCCCACACUUUCUCCAAAGCUGGAACCCACAGCGUCACGGUCCAGGCGGCGCUUGGGAACACGGUCCAUCAGGACCACAUGACGGUGGCGGUUUAUGAUUAUUUCCGGUCGCAUGUUCUGGCCUUUUCCUCUAAUUUGGACGAGCUGAACCCCGGGGUGUCUGAGUGGAGGCAGGACAUCGGCCGCGUGUUGAAGGGCCGCGUGGUUCAGGUCACGGGGCUCAGCGAGCAUCAGCUCCUGGUCUCGGUGCUGCCCGGUUUGCCCACCACCGCCGAGAUCUUCAUCGUGCCCGAGAAGAGGCCGCGGAGCAGGCCCGCGCAGGAAAAGUGGGCCCACCUGGAUCAGCUUUCUCAGGUUCUGCUAAGUGCUCUGAACCAGGACCUCAUCCAGUUCACACUCAAGCCGGGGGUGCAGGUGAACGUCUACGCCACGCGCCUGUCUCCAGCUCCUCUCGUGCACAGCAGCGACGGUGGCCACAGCAGCACCGCAGUCAUCAUGCUGGUGUCAGUCGUACUGAUGGGCCUGGCCGUCUUCGUCGUAUAUAAAUUUAAAAGGAAAAUUCCGGGCAUCAACACGUACACGGCGGAGCAGCCCGAUAAAGAACAAGAGGUCAUCCCGGCGGUGACCUCCAUCGCCGUCCCGAAGCCUGAGGGGGACAAGCCGGCCGCGCUGGAACACGUGGACGUCCAGCUGGACUCGAAAAGCAGAGGCUACCUGCCGUCGCACACAGACAUCAAGCUCUCUGACGAAGCGCCCCGUGUGUUUUAAUGUUGAGAGUCUAUGAGCGACUCGAAAGCAAUACAUCUUCUUUGGCAGUUACUUCCAGCAAGCUAUGAAACCACGGUCACAAUGAAUGGUCUCGAGUGUUUUGCUGCCCAUGCAUGGACGGACCAGUUCACACUGUGCUGCCUAAUCCCUCUGAGGAGACUGUACAGAUUUAUACUCGCUUCUUGAAAAAGGGACACUUUUUGACUGAAAAAUACUUGUAUUUUUGCAAGGACCUUGAUCUUUUUAUGUAAAUAAUGUACAUCCAUAAUGGAGGACGCAAAAGUUAUUUGUCAGCGGCGGGAACAAAAGCGUAUGUAUAAUAUCAGCUCAACACGUGCUCCUGUUUCUGCUCUUUGGGGCUCGUGCUCGUGAAGUUUACUUUGUUCGACUCUGUGGAAGCAGCUUAUCGGAGGAGGACAGUGAGGAGCGCAGAUUCAUUAAGCUGUGUACAAUCAGCAAAUCUCAUCGCCAGAUUGUCAUCAAAUGAAAGCUUGCAAUAUGGAGGAGAUGAAGGAGGGCCUCUGGUCCCAGAUCUGUGUAUAUCACGCCUGUCUCUUUGCCACUCAACAUGCUAUAUUGCAUAUGUCAUAACAAAUAUCAGAAUAGAAGAUUAAAGUAGAUACAGUAGGUGUGCUCGGUUGAGAAGAAUCUGAGCAAUCCCUCUUGUGUCGGAGGCUUAAGUCAUUUCUGUGUAACUGGAAUUAUUACUAACAUCAUAAACCUACUUUCGCACUAAUGCAUAUGGAUUAUUGCUGCAGCCGUAAUCUUAUAUUCGAGUGUUUUAAAGCCAAGUUUACUGUGAGCAACGGCAGUGAUUUCAUAUUCAUGCUCGCCAGGAGUCUGUCUUGUACAUUUCGGAUCCGUUAAGAAGGGGCAAAAUGUAAAAGGUCAAUGUUCUCUGGUCACAAAAAAGCCCUAAAACACUGUAAUGGUGAGAAAAAAAGUGCUGCAGUCGCCCGUUUGUGUUUAGCUGCACAUUCAGUUCAUUUUCUGGCGUGAAGCUGAAGGAGUCCUUGACGCCUUUGUUUCCAACUGGUCUCACUGUGAAGGUCGCGGCCGCUUCCUACAGGAAGUUCCACCGUCUCCUCUUUACUCUGGACUGUUUACGCGCCGGUACCAGCGUCCUCGCUCGGCAUCUCCCCAUUUCCAGUGCGGCGCCGGCGCCCGCGGCCGGUCGCGGCUUCGCCCCCGAGGACUCGGCAGACAAAAGGCUGCAGAUUUGUUCGUCUCCUUUGCUGCGAGGGACACGGAGACAGAGAAGACGUAUCUCCUGUCAACAAGGCUCGGCCUACGCACGGCGCCUUGGUCAGCUCCUGUCUCUUUGGGAUAAGUAGCGAAGUUCUUCUUCAUCAAACUUUUCUUUUUAAGUGUUGUCAGCAUCAUAUCUCAGUAAGACAAAUUGACCAGAGGCUUCUCCAUACUUCUUCCCUCCAAUCCGCCGAUUGAGCCUGAAGCAUAAAUAAACUCGUGCUCUUCAGACAAGCGCCGCUUUCUCCACACCGAUCACCGGACGGGUUUUCUUUUGUGCUUGAUAUCUAACUACAUUUCUGUUGUGCUAAUAAUCAGCCUGUGAAUAUGAUUGUAAACAUAUUUGCAUGAUGUUCUUUUCUCCUCUUAAAAUACGUCUUUAUUAGGAAGCAAUUAAAUGUUAGGAAUGUGAACUGCAGUAUUUUCUGUUUCUCAAGGGAUCGACGGCCCAUUAUUACUAGUGACGUGAUUAUUUAGUGGGUUGUUACUGUGUUUUUCAUUUGAUCUUGCAGAAGUAACCAUGACUGCAGAAUAAAGCAGCAACACAGCAUUA